AUGCCGGUGACCCUGAAUGGUCCAAUAGCGUUAGUUAGCAAACAGGCGGAUACAGUAGAUCUACAAGUACAUAUAACAGCCGUUUGUGGGGAGGCCUGGCGGGAGGUGUGGGGGGAGGGGCGGGUUCAACGCACCGGAUACGUGUGUCGCCGGGCAAAGGCUUGUAUGCAAUACACUAAAACAGGUGAAUGGGACGCUCGUCUCGCGGGUUCAGAAGCUGGGUUGGACAGCGCAAUCAUUUCUUCUUUAUCCUCUGAGGCAGCAGAAUGGCGGACAAUACAAGAUGGCCAGCGUAUUCUGACAACGACACCGUCCGUACUCGGUGGGUGUCGAGCUCAGGUGUACAGAGUUCUAGGCGCCACACAGUGGUAUACCGCCGUCAUUGUUGGAGUCAAUGAACAUACUGGAGAGUUGACUGUAACCGAUGACACAGUUUUAGAGGAGCACAGUGAAGAUCCUUCACUGGUUCAGAUGAGACUACUCGGCGAUGGAGUGAUCGAAUCAAUUAUGAAGGGAGAAGUGGUAGGCGUAAUGCCGCGAAGAUCGCGCUCCAGUCUCCAAGUAAGUUGUGCCAUCAGGAAGAUAGAUCAUUCAAUUUGGCAAAAAUCUUUAGUUGCUGAUUUGGGUGCUUUGUGGCCAUUGUGGACCGUGCGCCGUCCUCCAGCCUGCCGCCGCGCAUUGAGCGCGAGUCAACAAAGAGCCCAGCGACUACCGGAGGCAGGAAAAAAUCAGCAGCCGUGA